GAAAGCCCUAUAAAUUUCUUAAAUCACUCUUCUUCACAGAAAACCAACCAGAAAUCUAGCUUGUAAAAAACAUUAAGUUUUUGCUGGCCUUUUGCUUCAUUAGUUUUCAUUGUGUCUCCUCCUCCAACGACCACAAAGUCUAUUUCAUGCACGAGCUCAAUCAAGCUCGUGUUGAGGUUGGUGUUCCUCCAUUAAUUUGGAACGUCAGCCUUGAAGCAUAUGCCAGAAAUAAUGCAAAUAAACGGGUAUCGGACUGCAAGUUGGUGUAUUUCCAUGGGCCUUAUGGGGAGUGCAUUGCUAAAUCAUAUGGUGGGGGUAACAGCGCAGACGCUGUUAGGUUGUGGAUCGCCGAGAGAGUAUUCUACAACCAUGAAUCAAAUAAUUACAGUAGUGAGUGUCGGUCCUACACCCAGGUGGUUUGGCGAAACACUAAAUAUCUUGGGUGUGCCACAAUGGUUGGACCUUUGUCACUUGCAGUUUUGAUCCCCCCGGAAAUCAGAAGGGCCAGAGUCCCUACUAGAAGUUGGAUUGGGUUUUGAAUUCGUCUGACUUGCGUGAUGAGUAGGCAGUUGGAGAUCUUGACUCUUCUCUUUUCUGACUCUGGUUGUGUGCCUCUUUUUAUUAGGUUUAGAAUUAGGUAUCUGAACAUAUGUAAAUUUCGGAAUAUUUUUCGGUUCUAUUGCGCCGGUUCUCAGCUAACGGGCUCCACUUCUCGGGCGAUAA